AAAUCAUCUACAACAAGGAAUUUGGAUUCCACACUGUAUUUGCGCGAUGAUUUCACAGUUUUAUAUUCUAUCCCUUCGUGGUGACACCAUCAUCACUCGAGAUUUCCGUGGUGAUGUGGUAAAGGGCACCGCGGAGAUCUUCUUUAGAAAAGUGAAGUUUUGGCAUGGUGACGCACCACCAAUCUUCAACCUCGAUGGAGUGACUUACGUAUUCAUCAAGAAGAAUGGCCUGUACUUCGUAGCCACGACUUGCCACAACAUCCCCCCUGCAGCCGUGGUGGAGUUGUUGACCAAAAUGGCGAAGGUCUUUAAAGAUUUCUGCGGGGUGCUCAACGAAGAGAGCAUCAGGAAGAAUUUUGUUUUGGUCUAUGAGCUUCUGGACGAGAUGGUGGACUACGGUUACCCGCAAACCACCAACACUGAACAUCUCAAGUCUUGCAUUCACAACGAAGCUGUCGUCAUUGAGGCGCCCAAGACGGGCUUGAACUUGCCUCAGUGGAACCCACGGACAGUGCCUAGCAAUGCAGUGCACCGGCCUGUUGGACCAACACAAAAUGAUUCGAAGAGCAAGAAGAACGAGAUCUUCGUUGACAUCUUGGAGAGGAUCUCGGUCUUGAUGAGUUCCAACGGUUUCGUCAUCAAUAGCUCCAUUGACGGAAGCAUUCAGAUGAAGUCAUACUUGAUGGGAAACCCAGAGCUCAAGCUUGCCCUCAACGAGGACAUUAUGGUGAAGAACAUGGACCUUGGUGGAAGCCAUGGAGGUUACGGAUCUGUGAUCUUGGACGACUGCAAUUUUCACGAGUGCGUCGACCUCCAGGACUUCUCGGAUCUCAGAACCUUGUCCUUCUAUCCACCCGAUGGUGAGUUUGCAGUCAUGAACUACCGUAUCACUGGUGAUUUUCGUGUGCCUUUUAGGAUAUUUCCCUUUGCCGAGCAACAAGCUCCGUACAAGAUCGAAAUUACCAUCAAGGUCCGAGCAGAUAUCCCUGAGCAGAACUACGGGGGCAACGUGCAGAUCUACUGCAUGCUGCCUAAGACCUCUGCAUCUGUCUCCACCGAGCUUGCGGUCUCUGCUGGUCAAUCUGCAGAGUACUUGGCCAGCGAGCAUCGUUUGGUUUGGAACAUCAAGAAGUUUCAGGGCGGAACAGAGGCAGCUAUCAAGUGCCGAGUCACACUUUCCGCACCGAUUUCGAACAUCCAGAACAUCAAGAAAGAGGUAGGGCCAGUCUCCCUGACUUAUGAGAUUCCAAUGUACAAUGUUUCGAACCUGCAGGUCCGGUACUUGCGCAUCGCUGAGAGGCACAAGUCUUACAAUCCCUGCCGCUGGGUGAGGUAUGUGACGCAAUCCUCAUCCUAUGUUUGCCGUUUCUGAGCAGUUGACCUUUGCAACGCAUUGAUUCUUUCUUUGAGCUCGACAGAAAACAAGCGAAACGAGCAAGUGGGUGCCGGACCAAAUCUAGGCCCAACGCCACCACCUUGAAAAC